AUGUCACAUAGACUUGUUGAGUUGGGCCAAAGAAUUGAACGUUUGAAAGGCAACACUUUGGACAACUUUGUGCCAUCUAGUUCAUUCCUUGUCCGAGAGGAAGAGGAAGGAACUUCAUCUAAGUCCACAAGUGCAACUUCUGAGCACAUUCAUUGGGAAAGAGACGAGAUGGCUGCCAACCAAGAUGAACUUAGAGCCUUGGAGGACUUUGCUCAACCAAUCAUACCAAACUCUCCUUCAUGCAUCUUGUUGUCCACGGAAGCUAGAAACUAUGAUCUUAAAUCUUCACAUUUUCAUAUGCUUCCUUCUUUUUAUGGCAUACCUAAUGAAGAUCCUUUAGCUCAUGUUAAAGAGUUUUACAAUGUUGUGAGUGGUUUACCUUUGCAGGGAGUAAGUGAAGCCAAUUUGAGGAUGAGAGUGUUUCCUUACACUUUGAAAGAUAAGGCCAAGAGUUGGUUGAUGACUCUAGCUCCGGGUUCACUCACCACAUGGGAUGCCGUGGCUAAGAAGUUCUUGGAGAAGUUCUUUUCCACUCAAAAGACAGCCACAUUAAGGGGACAAAUCUUCAAUUUCAAACAAGAUGAUGGAGAACCCUUCAAUGAGUGUUGGGAACGUUUUAAAGGACUCUUGUUGCAAUGUCCACACCAUGGGUUACCUUUUCACUUACAAAUGCAAAUUUUUUAUGAUGGACUAACCCAAACUUGUCAAUCAACCGUUGAUAAUGCCGCAGGUGGAGCAUUGAAGAAAAAGAAUGCUCAAGAGUCAUACAACAUCUAUGAGAUGUUGGGAUCUAAUGUUCAACACAAAGAUGUAAGAGGUGGAAAUGAGAAACCAAAUGAGGAACCAAGCCAUGCUUCUUCCUCAAAUGAAGCACCAAAUCUUCACAAGGCCGAGAAGCCUUACACUCCACCAAUACCAUUCCCUGGAAGACUUGCUAAGAGCAAGCAGGAUAAGUCAUUUAAGGACAUUUUUGAUAUUCUAAGUAAAGUGAAUGUUAACUUACCUUUGCUUGAUGUCAUUAGGAACAUGCCAGCUUAUGGGAAAUUCUUCAAAGAGUUAAACAACUACAAAAGGAAGUAUGGACCACAUGAGAAGGUAGUGGUGUCUGAGAAUGUAAGUGCAGUGUUGCAAAGAAAACUUCCACCAAAGCUCAAAGAUCCAGGGAGUUUCUCUAUCAACAUUACUAUAGGAGAAAAUAAAGUUGAAAAAGCAAUGCUUGAUUUGGGUGCUAGCAUCAAUUUAAUGCCAUACUCCGUGUACCUUCAACUAGGUUUGGGGGAAUUGAAAUCAACCACCAUUUCAUUACAACUUGCGGACAGAUCCGUGAAAAAGAAGUUCCUUGCUAUGGUAAAACAUUACAUUUGGGAUGAACCAUACUUGUUUAAGUAUUGUCCUGACCAAAUCAUUAGGAGAUGUGUCCCAGAGAAUGCUUUUGAUUUUUGUUCUAAGUGUGAUAGGUGCCAGAAAAUGGGGAACAUAAGCCGAAGGAAUGAGAUGCCUUUGAACAACAUUUUGGUGGUAGAACUCUUUGAUGUUUGGGGAAUCGACUUCAUGGGACCAUUCCCAUCAUCUUUUGGUUGCUUGUACAUUUUAGUAGCCGUAGAUUAUGUAUCUAAAUGGGUUGAAGCCAUUGCUACAAGAACUAAUGAUCAUAAGAUUGUGUUGAACUUUCUUAAAAAUGAUAUUUUUUGUAGGUUUGGAACACCAAGAGCUAUUAUUAGUGAUGGUGGUAGCCAUUUCUGCAACAAACCCUUUGAAUCAUUGAUGAAGAAGUACAACAUCAACCACAAAGUGGCAACCCCGUACCAUCCUCAAACCUCAGGACAAGUGGAGAUUAGCAAUAGGGAGAUCAAGAACAUUUUGAUGAAGACUGUGAGCCCUACAAGGAAGGAUUGGUCUUUGAGGUUGAAUGAUGCACUUUGGGCAUAUAGGACAGCAUACAAGACUCCCAUUGGCAUGAGUCCAUAUCGACUUGUAUUUGGGAAAGCUUGUCAUUUGCCAAUGGAGCUUGAACACCGAGCAUAUUGGGCCAUUAAGAAGUUCAACUUUGAUUACAAGGAUGCUGGAAUAGCAAGGAAGCUCCAACUUAAUGAGUUGGAAGAGUUCAGAAAUGAGGCAUACGAGAAUGCCAAAAUUUACAAGGAAAGGACUAAGCUCUAUCAUGACAAAGCCAUUCUAAGGAAGGAGUUUCACCAAGGUAUGAAAGUACUUUUGUAUGACUCACGUUUGAGACUUUUUCCAGGUAAAUUGAAGUCUAGAUGGGUAGGACCAUUCAAAGUGUUGCAAACAUUUCCCCACGGAGCUGUGGAAAAUAGAGAACAUGAAGAAUGGCACCUCUUUCAAAGUCAAUGGGCAGAGAUUGAAACCAUACUUGGACAAUGUGGAGGAUGA